UUACCCCUGGUCUCCAGAGGUCGCUUUUCUCACAAUGUCUCAUUUUUAGCUACAAUAGAAGAACAGACCUAGAUGAAACGUCUGAGAUCAGAGGGGUUCUGGAAACGUAAACCCAAGUUGGAUUUAGAUUUAGUUUCUAUGACCUGCAUGUAUUGUUUAAUUCGGUCGUGGUGAGUCUCAACAUAAAGGACCAUUUUUGACUCUUUCGAAAUCAUAGUUCUCUAGAUGACAUCUCGCUAGUGUCCCUUUUGGGGAACUGCGACAUUACCCACAACAUGUAAAUAACACACGUCGUUUUGUGUGUUUACAAGGUAUAGGAAAGGUGAACUGCUUUAAAUGUAAGCUUUAUAGUUAAUUAGACUGUCUGUGAGAAUGCCCGAGUUGGAAGAUAAAUAUUCAAACAACGCGAGCCCGAAGAGACGCCGCCACAGUCGUUCCAGCAGCCACUCACCGGACCGCGAGCUGAAAAACUCCAGAUACGAACACGAUGAUGACCACAAAGCGCGAUACUCGGACAAAGAGAGGAACCGAAACCGAUUCCAUAUGGGGAAUUCCCGUAGUCGGUCGAGGUCCAGGGAACGAGAUCGGUUAAAUUGGUUUGAUCAGAGAGACAGAGAACACGGUGCAGGUUCAAGGUCUGAUUACUUUGAGAAGAGAGAUGAUGCCCAAAGACAGAGGCAAGACGCCUUCAUCGCGAGGCGCCUGCAAGAACGUGAGAGAAUUGGUGAACUGGGAUGUCCUGAGGUCUGGGGGUAUUCUCCAAGAGUCAGAGAACCUGACUCAGAUGAACACACUCCUGUUGAAGGGGACGUGAAGAAUGGGAGAUCUGUUUCAAGUUCAGAGGAGGAAAAGAAGAAAAAGAAGAAGAAGAAGAAAAAGAAAUCAAAGAAGCGGAAACACAGGAAACAUUCAGAGGACAGCGAGUCCGAAAGUGAUUCUGAAGAAGAGAUGAAAAAGAAGAAAAGAAGGAAGAAAAGUAAAAAAAGGAAAUCAAAGAAGAAGAAGAUGAAGAAGAGUCACAAGGAGUCCAGUAGCUCCAGCAGUGAACAGUCAGAUGAAGAGGAAGAAGACAUCAAUGAAGUCUCAUGGGUGGAGAAAACUGGUGUUGGAGAACAUGUUGUUGGACCUGAAGCUCCUCUCACUCACCUAUCCCAAGAUGAUAAACCUUUAGAUUUUGGCCACGCUUUGCUUCCAGGUGAAGGUGCAGCCAUGGCAGAGUUUGUCAAAGCUGGGAAACGUAUUCCAAGAAGAGGUGAAAUCGGUCUGACUAGCAAUGAGAUUGCAGAGUUUGAGAAGUCUGGCUUUGUCAUGAGUGGAAGCAGGCAUCGACGUAUGGAGGCUGUGCGUUUGAGAAAGGAAAACCAGAUCUACAGUGCUGAUGAGAAGAGAGCACUUGCAUCUUUCAACCAGGAGGAAAGGAGAAAGAGGGAGAGUAAAAUCCUUUCCAGCUUCAGGGAAAUGGUGUACAGAAAGACUAAAGGCAAAGAUGAGAAGUAGACGGUCCUGCCUAAUUGUAAUUACUAAUCUGUUUUUCUUUAAGAUGCAGAAGACAACUAUAAAAUAUAGUUAAGAGACAGACUGUAUUCAGUUUUAUCUGCUUGGUACAUCAUGCUGUAUAAUGUACACUGAGGGGUUUGUGAACUAUAGUUGUUGUGUACAUUUCAGAAAAAAGGGAAUUGAUUGUAAUCAGUAGAAUUCAGUAAAACUAAAAUUUACCAUUGCAGUACUUACAAUGGUAUGUGUUUUUUUUUUUUUUUUUUUUUUGCAUUUAAUUAAACAGUUGUCAUGUGAUCCUCUUUUUCUGUCAUGCUGGUGCUUUUAUUAAAUGUUUGAAUUUACCUCCAUUGUUUUGAAUAAACUGUGUAAUUUAUUAAAAUGGUUAGU